AAGGCUAAUGGUAUCUACAAGCUUGGAAAGAUAACUCUGUUGGGUGAAAAUGGAACGAGGUGGCUUGCAUUUCUACUGUCAAAAGAUGGACUUCUGGCUCUUGGUUGUGGUUGGAAGGACUUUUGUGAGGCUAAUGGCGUUAAGACAGGAGAGUCAUUCACUUUGGAAUGUAUUUGCGAAGCUAAUGACACAACUCAUGUUUCUUCGAGACAAUGGCGAAAUCAACGCUUCUUCACCCACAGUUCUUCCACACACUAGUUCCUGGCUGUGGCUUCCACACUCACCUUAUAAUUCCUUUAGACUUCUUCUCCAAGUAUAUAGAAGGAAGAAGCGUGGAUAACACGGCUCACCUGAAAUCUGGCUCCUCAGACAGAACCUGGCAAGUGAAGAUGGCUGGUCCGAUACUCAGUGACGGCUGGAGAGAGUUCGCCGUAGCUCACAGUCUCCAAGCAGGCCACCUCAUCCUUGUCAGAUACGAAGGAGAUAUGGUCUUUCAUGUUACGGACUGCCGUGAGAUUCCAAGCAACAACAAUAAGCAUUCGCACCCAAGAAUAGAUGAUGAUGAUGUUCCUAAGAAGAAGAAGAAGAGAGCGAAGACUAACAGUAAUGAAACAGAAGCGGAUUCUUCUUCGUUAGACAACUCAUGUUUUGUGGCCACUGUCACAGCUUUCAAUCUACUCAUAGAUACACUGUAUCUUCCGCAACACUUCACAAGCUCAAACGGUCUUACAAGAGAAUCCCACAAGAUUGUUUUACUAGAUGGAGAGGGAAAAUCAUGGACACUGGAUAUGAGGUUCAACGAAUCGUCCGAUACUUUUUACAUGACCCGGGGUUGGAGAAGUUUCUGUGAAGAAAACGGCCAAGAAGCUGGAGGCUUCUUCACGUUUAAACUUGUCGGAAACGGGGAAACUACUGUGCUAAGUUUCCGCCCUACAGAAUCUAUCAGUAGUACAAUGCAAAGAGACUCUUCUCAAGAAGAGGACACAGAAUGGGAGAGUGAUGAAGACGAGCCGUUAAUGCAGACAGAAAAUAAGAAGAAGUGUAAUCCAAAACGAAGAGCUGUGCCAUAUUCAUCAUACUCACCAUGUCACAAGAGAUUCUUAACAUUUACACUUCCACCUGAUUGUUUCAGAAUUGAACGUUUGAGUCUUCCAAAGCAAUUCUUGAGGGAGAAUGGCAUAAACAAGCCUGGAGAGAUAUGUCUAUUAGAUAAAGAUGGUAUGAAGUGGCCCACAAGCCUUCUAAGAGACAAGAAAGGAAUAAUGAGUUUGGGAAAAGGUUGGAAAGAAUUUGUCAAAUCAAACGGCUUAGCUUCUGGAUUCACACUCAAGUUAAUAUGGGAAGACACAACUCCUGCGUUUAGUUUGUGCUGUCCAGAAUCCACCAGUGACAAAGAGCAACAAGAGUAUUUCAAACAUAUCAAGAAACAGUCUCUUUACAUAGAUCCUAGCAACAACGGAGACAAUAGCAGCAAGGAUUCAUCUCCAUCAAGCCAUAACCCAUUGGUAACAAUAAAAAUCAGACCCGACCUUCUCACAUGUAAUAGAAUGCGUCUUCCAAAGCAAUUCGUGAUGGAAAGCAACAUGAACAAGCCUGGAGUGAUAUAUCUGUUGGGCAAAGAUGAUACAAAGUGGACGACAAAGCUUGUGAAGGAAAGAGACGGGAGAAUGAAACUGGGAAGUGGCUGGACAGUUUUUGCUGAAGCAAACGGCUUUAAGACAGGCGAGUCCGUUACGUUGGAGUCAAUAUGGGAAGAUGGGACUCCUAUGAUCAGGUUUCUCCGUACAGGUUCUAACAGUUCAGAAACUAAGAAGAAUGAGUCGGUUUCCACGGAAGUCACAGAGCCUAAAACGAGUGGUUCAUCUUCAGAGAUCCAUGACCGGUUCGUGACAUUAACACUAUUACCUGAAGAUGUCAAAGCCGGUGUACUGAUUAUUCCUAGUCAGCUCUUGGAGGCUAAUGGCGUCAACAAACUUGGGAAGAUAACUAUUUUGGGUGAAAACAAAAUGGAGUUGUCAGGAUAUCUAUUGUCAAGAGGUGGAACUGUUGCUUUGGAAAAUGGUUGGGGUGAGUUUUGUGAAGCUAAUGGCGUAAAGCUAGGAGAGUCUUUCACUUUGGAGUUCAUUAAGAAACCAGACAAAACAACUCAUGUAUUCAAGUUUUGUUCUAUAGGGAGACUAACAAAUAGUCACCAAAAUGUUAAUUAGAUAUAGAAGUUGUUCCAGGUGGUGACAACUCUUCAUCCUCCAUGGUAGUAAAUCAGAGCACAUUUUUUACUAAUGAUAUACCUAAUAUUAUCAGUGACUGUGAGUAAACAAAUGCCAAAGUUAAUAGACAAUAAAACCUUUUUAUUUUGUCAACAGAUAGUAAAAUCUAACAACUGUCACGUAAUUUAUUACAUUUUCAUUUGUUUGCAAACCGUCAGGACUGAUCAGUUAUGUUAUUUAUUGCCCAUCACUCCUGUCCUGGACACUUAGCUGCAAUGUCCUCGACUAUGUCAUGCCCUCGGAUCAAUAGCUUAUAUUCUUGUUUUGACUUUGUUAGUAACAUAAUAUAAGCAGAAACUAUUCUUCCACAUGAUCUUCAGUGAUAACAUGAACAAAGUUUUUAGUCAAAAAAAAAAAAUAACAUGAACAAAGUGUUAUUACUGUUUCAACCAAAAAAAAAAA